CGCGGUCUCAGUCUGCCUACAUACAAACUCACCUCUGAACGCGCACUUCAAAAAUGAGAGUUAAACAACGCACACUUUCUGGAGUUUAGCCCUUUUUAUUGUUCACUGCUUGAGCAAACGACAUUUACACUGGAAUUUUAAUUCAAACAGAUGGGAAGAAAGGAGUAAAGAGCGGGAUUAUAAUAUUUCUCCACACAGAGACAAGGUGCAGCAUGAUUUCUGAGUGAUAUGAGUGGACUCAUUAUGGAUCCCAGCAACGAAGUGGAUUUGACCAAUAACAACAUAACACCACUCUGGAAAAGACGAAGCGACAAUGACAAGAAGCCCAAACCCAGACCUCUCAGUUACCAGAUUGAUGGUGUCCUCACGACAGACUUUCCUGUGGAUGACAGAUGCGCCUUCACCCUCACCCAACCCGCUGAAAAGAUCAGCACCACUCCAUCAAACACUGCUGUGCUCAAACACACUCUGAACAAACCUACUAAAAAGACUAGGGUGGUUCGGAGCAUCAGCAUUGGCUAUUCUAACGGACGCUUCUCGCUGUCAAAGUUUACCAAGUCAGAAGAUGACAAAAACUCAAAUCCUACUAGCCCCGCUAAAACGCCAACUUCGGCCACCAAGAACGGGAAUGGCCUUAGCGUGUGGCACGAUAAGAAUAUAAGGGGACCCCUCAAGCGUCUUUCCAAUCAGUUUACCCUCAUCUCUCAAAAGGAUCAGAUCACUUUUGGGGAUACGUCUUCACCAUCAGUUUCACCGAAAAGUUUAUCACCCCAGAACUCUCUACGUCAGCUUUCGACUCAAUCCCAGGAUGUCUGUGGGUCACCAAUCAGCCCCUCCAGCUCCCCGUCCCACAGUUCCACGUCCAGCAUCCCUUCCCUCUCCUCCAGCCUCAGCAUCCCCUCAGAUCCCCCUACACCCCGGACCCCAUCUCCCUCUGAGAGGUCGGAGGCAGUCCUCUUGCACCGGCAGAGUUCAGGGUCAUCACAGGGCUCCGAGGUCAAGCGCCCCUCCUCCCCAGUCAUACUGAGCACCCACAGUCCCACGGCACAAAAGAUGGGCACCCAGCAGAUCAUUCCCAGGGCUUUGGCUUCUGACACACACUUUAGCAAGCUGUCUCAGAACCGCCAAGAGCGCAUGGGACUGGGAGGGGUUUUGGACACUGGUAAACGUGGUUUUCGACCCCGAAGCAUGUUUGAGACUGGGUCUUCUUUUUCCACCAGCAAGGACGAUGAGCUGGAGGGAGAGGAGAACCCAGGGUUACUUACAAGAGGCCUGCGUUCCAAAUCAUAUCGCCGGGCAGUGGUCAGCGGGGUAGAUAUGGAUGUGCCGUCUUCAGACCCUAAAGCCAAUCGGCUGUCCCAGCCUGCACUUAAAGGAGUUUCAGAAGACAAGGAGAGACCGGCUAGCCCGAGUCCGACCAAGAGCAAGAAUGCAGAAAGGAAGAAAGGCCUGCCGAGCCAGCGGACGUUUGACAGUGAGGAGGAUGAAGUUUUGUACCAGAACUACCAAGAAAAAGCCCUGCACAAUGAUUCCGAUGAGGACGCAGAGUCCAAAGAACCCCAGCCAGACAAUGGCAUUGUGGUCCAGUUCAAACCCAUCCGGACCUCCUGGAGUCAACUCAGCGUGGUUAAAAAAAGUGGAAUGUGUGAGACGUUAAAUCAAGAAGAAAGAAAGAGACAAGAGGCCAUAUUUGAGGUCAUCUCAUCAGAGCACAGUUACUUUCACAGUCUGGAGAUCCUCAUCCGUCUCUUCAAGAACUCAAAUGAUCUUAGCGAGACCAUUAACAAAACGGACCAUCACCAUCUCUUCUCCAACAUAGCAGACGUCUGCGAGUCUAGCAAAAAGUUCUUCAAGGAACUUGAGGAUCGACACCAGCAGAAUAUUGUAAUCGAUGACAUAAGCGACAUUGUGAUAAGACACGGCCAAACAAACUUUGACCCUUUCGUGACAUACUGCUCCAAUGAAGUGUACCAGCAGAGAACAUUACAGAAACUAUUAAAUAAAAGUCCAUCGUUUAAGGAGUUGCUGACACGGAUCGAGGCCCACACAGACUGCCGGAACCUUCCCAUGAUCUCCUUCCUCAUCCUUCCCAUGCAGAGAGUCACGCGCCUCCCUCUGCUGAUGGACACCAUAUGCCAGAAGACACCCAAAGAGUCGCCGCAUUACGAUGCCUGUAAGAAAGCCCUGCAUGUUGUCAGCAAGCUUGUGAGGAAAUGUAAUGAGGGCGCUCGUACCAUGGAGAGAACAGAAAUGAUGUACACCAUCAAUUCCCAGCUGGAGUUUAAAAUUAAGCCGUUCCCACUGGUGUCGUCCUCCCGCUGGAUGGUGAAGCGCAGUGAGCUAACAGCCUUCGUAGAGGAAAAUGGGAUCUUUUCCAAGAGGAUGUCUCGCCAGCAGGUCUAUUUCUUCCUCUUCAACGAUGUCCUCAUUGUCACAAGGAAGAAAAGUGAGGAGAGUUAUACAGUUAUAGACUACGCACUAAGGGAUCAAAUCAGGGUGGAGUCGUGUCAUCCAGAAGAACUGAAUCUUUCUCCGGUACGUGCCACGGCGGGAAUGUUAACGUCACGACAGAAUGUGGCCAGUCACCUGUUUCAAAUAAGAUUCCGCAGUAACCACUCCGGAGACAACGUGACUAUGAUCUUGGGGGCGGAGCUACUUAAUGAGAGGGCCAGGUGGAUCAGUGCUCUGGGACAGAACUACAGUGACUAUAAGAAUGCGGACAGAACAAAUGCCAUGCAGGUGGAGGUGACAAGGACGUACACAGCGAGGCAGCCGGAUGAGCUCUCUUUGCAGGUGGCUGAUGUUGUGCUGGUCUCCCAGACAGUUGACGGCUGGUAUGAAGGGGAGCGUCUGCGGGAUGGCGAGAGGGGCUGGUUUCUUUCCGAGUGUGCCGAGCACAUCACCUGCCAGGCGACCAUUGAGAAGAACAUGCAGAGGAUGGACCGUCUGCAGGGCCUUGAGACCAAUGUCUGAGUCUGUUUUACCCCCUGCCCCUUCACAAUGCAUAUGAAGACUACUGUGGAUGGACUCUAUCCACUACAGAACAAAAAACACUUUUGUCGCUUAACGCAAUAAUCAUACCAUAUGAAAUGAUGCUUUUAUAUAAAUCUGGUGAUUAUUGGCUGAGCUCAGAACUCAUUUGAAAUACGAGGGAUAAAACAAAGGAUAAUUUUCUCUGCAAUAAUGUGCCAUUUUUUACUAAUCCAAAGUGACACUGAUUCAUUGUAAUAUUUUAAUUCAGAGCACUCCUGCAUGAUAUGUGAACUUAACAUGUUGUAUAGUUUAAAGUGAAGUUUUAUAGGCACACAAAAAUGUUAAGAAUGUUCACACUUUGUAUUGACUCUCAGGGAAUGUAAACAGGAGUUGAGGCGUUGUAAAUCAUACCAAAUGUAAAUAUGUAUCUGCUAACCUGAAUGUGUACACUUGCAAGGUAAUCCUGUAUGAUUUAUAUACCAGAUGCUUUUAUG